UAGGCCGAAGGGUUUGUGUUCGUUCCCACGGAGACGGAGAAGUGUGGGAAAGUGUUCCGCCUGUGCUACAACGCCAGUACGGACAGCUACACCCGAGCGAGCAGCAGCGAUGUCAUCGGCGGGUGGGAGAAGGCGGCGUGGAGGAAGGAGUCCGUCUUCAGGAAAGAAGAGGCAGACUGGCAGAUGGUGUACCUGGCGCGGACCGAGGGCUCCGGCUCAGGGAGGGUCAGCUGGAAGCUGGACUGCGCUGCUGCUGGGAUGCGGAUCAAGACGGCCACAGUGAGAGCGCACACACAGACGUUCGAGUCGGGGAGCGCCAGCUGCAGCGUGUGCUCGGGCCAGACCAGCAUCGCCUUCCCUGGAGAUGGCGAAGCGCAUGCGUUUCCCAGCCUCGCCGGCUCCACAGAAAUGGUCGUCGUGGUGGAGCUGGAUGGAGGGUCGUCAUGGCAACACGCUCAGCUGUUCAGGCAGGGUCUGAAGGAGACAGAGAAAUCCUCCUUAGAAAUCACUGUGGAGAUGGAAGACGCCUGAAACAGAUGGACAGAGGACACCAAACAUGCACAGCACUGGGAUGCCAAGACGCAUGCAGUCCUAUGGGGUACUGCGGGCCUAUAGGGUACUGCGGGCCUAUAGGGUACUGCUUUCCAUAACAUAAUUCAGCAGCAGUAAGGUUGUUAAGAGUACCAGUCACAUGAUUCCAAAAGAAUAUGUAUGGUAUUGCUGUAAACUCCUGAAUGUGAAUCUGAUGAACUGUUGAAAAGUAUUCCUGAGAGCGGUGAUGGGAAAUGAGACAUUUUAUCCCUGCAUCGAUUUGUUCUGCUACUUACUGGUGGAUUUCCAGGGAAAGGAAUUUGAUAACUGUAAUAUUGAAUGCAAUACAGGUAAGAAGUGUAAGUAAGUAUGUAUCUUAUGUGUCUAAAUGUUUUUGUCAGUGUGAAAUAUUUUCCUGUAUAUUGGAUUAUUGUGGCAAAUGUUAAAUAGUUUUCACAUACACGUAUUUUAACAUUUAAUGCUACAUCGAAAUGGAUUCUGGUGUGAUUGCGUCUAUGAGAUAAAAUAUGUUUUUCAGUAAACAAAUCAUUGUAAAUAAUUCUGAGGCAUGAUAAUUAAAACACUUGAAACACUAAAAUUAUAUUAAUUACGAUGUAAACAUGCUUUUCUACCGCUAUGAUGUUGUCGAAAUAUUAAAAUGGCAUUACUUUCCGAAUGAUCAGUCCUGGACUUUAUUGUGUGAAGUAGCACAUCUAUCGCAACUGAGAGAAAGGUUGUCUGGAUUCAUGUCUACGGAUUCAUCCCGGGUUUCAGCAGUGUGGACUGAUGGUUGCCUCUGAUUGGAGGAGACACCGGCACCUCGAAACACUGUAUCGGCAUUGGUCAGUCGGGAGGCUUUGCUUCGUCGCCGUGCGGAUGGAGAAGCCGGACGGACUCAUCGGCACUGUUAUUGUUUCUGAAUGAAAAUUUAAGGAAUGUGGAAAUCUCCGCGCGGUGUACAGGAACUCAAUUUAAAUGUCACAAUUGUUUGUUUUUUUAUACGCAAUUCAUAUGGUAUGAAUUUUAUUUAAGUAAGAAUUUUGUACAGUAUUUAUAUCUUAGCAAGUUGCAGCUCAGCUUUCAUAGAGGUUCAGGCCUUGUGCCACCGCUCGUCGAUUUUAACAAUAGCCGAGAUACACUCCCCUCUGCACGGGCAGACUGUCUUCAUGUAUUUAUCUCCCUGUCAGAAAUUAAUGUUCUGUUCAUAAAAAUACCACGCUGAAUAUGGUGUACACGGGGCCACAGGUUUGAUGUCCUGUGUGAAUUUAUGGACAAUUUUGACAAACACCUUGGAGUAUUUUUAAACACAUCAUAUUGAGAAACACAAAAGGAAAAUGUCCAACGGAGCUGCAGGAAGCGGGGGUUUGACUUGGGUGACCCUCUUUGACAAGAAAAAUGCGGCGAGUAAGGAGGAGGCGGCCAACGGCCACGGAGACGGGCCCAGGAGCGAUGGCAAGGAGGGGGGGAAGAAGGACGGGUCCAAGAAGAUGUCUGUGGAGCGCGUGUACCAGAAGAAGACGCAGCUGGAGCACAUCCUGCUUCGCCCAGACACCUACAUCGGCUCCGUGGAGCCUGUUACCCAGCAAAUGUGGGUUUUCGAUGAAGAGAUUGGCAUGAACUCGCGAGAGAUCACUUACGUCCCAGGACUGUACAAAAUCUUUGAUGAGAUUCUCGUGAACGCAGCAGACAACAAGCAGAGGGACAAGAACAUGUCCACCAUUAAAAUCAACGUUGACCCAGAGUCCAACACCGUCUCGAUCUGGAACAAUGGGAAGGGCAUCCCCGUGGUGGAGCACAAAGACGAGAAGAUGUACGUCCCUGCCCUCAUCUUCGGCCACCUCCUCACCUCCAGUAACUAUGACGACGACGAGAAGAAGGUCACAGGUGGCAGGAACGGGUACGGUGCCAAACUCUGCAAUAUCUUCAGCACCAAGUUCACCGUGGAAACGGCGUGCAAAGAGUAUAAACACAGCUUCAAACAGACCUGGCAGAACAACAUGACUAAGACCAGCGACCCCAAGAUCAAGUUCUUCGACGGGGACGACUUCACGUGCGUGACGUUCCAGCCCGACCUGACCAAGUUCAAAAUGGAGAAACUGGACAAGGACAUCGUGGCCAUUAUGACCCGCCGGGCCUACGACAUCGCCGGGUCCUGCAAAGGAGUCAAGGUCAUGCUCAACGGCAAGAAGCUUCCGGUGACCGGGUUCCGCAGCUACGUGGACCUGUAUGUGAAGGACAAGCUGGACGAGACCGGCGUGACCCUGAAGGUGGUGAACGAGUCGGUUAACGAGCGCUGGGAGGUGUGCCUGACUCUCAGCGAAAAGGGCUUCCAGCAGAUCAGCUUCGUCAACAGCAUCGCCACCACUAAGGGGGGCAGACAUGUUGACUAUGUCGUGGACCAGAUUGUGUCAAAGCUGAUCGAGGUGGUGAAGAAGAAGAAUAAGGCUGGUGUCAACGUGAAACCCUUCCAGGUGAAGAACCACGUGUGGGUGUUUGUGAAUGCGUUGAUCGAGAACCCCACGUUUGACUCGCAGACCAAGGAGAACAUGACUCUUCAGACCAAAAGCUUCGGCUCCAAAUGCCAGCUCUCAGAGAAGUUCGUCCGCUCGGCCACGAACUGCGGUAUAGUGGAGAGCAUCCUGAACUGGGUGAAGUUCAAGGCCCAGACGCAGCUCAAUAAGAAGUGCUCGUCCGUCAAGCACAGCAAGAUCAAGGGCAUCCCCAAACUGGACGACGCCAAUGAUGCAGGGGGGAAGCACUCGUCGGACUGCACGCUGAUCCUGACGGAGGGAGACUCGGCUAAGACUCUGGCCGUGGCGGGGCUGGGGGUGAUCGGCCGAGACCGAUACGGUGUCUUUCCCCUCAGGGGCAAGAUCCUCAACGUACGAGAGGCCACACACAAACAGAUCAUGGAGAACGCCGAGAUCAACAACAUCAUUAAAAUCGUGGGUCUCCAGUACAAGAAGAGUUACGAGGACCCCGAGUCUCUGCGAUCGCUCCGCUACGGCAAAAUCAUGAUCAUGACCGAUCAGGAUCAAGAUGGUUCUCACAUCAAAGGUCUUCUCAUCAACUUCUUCCACCACAACUGGCCUUCUUUACUCAAACACACCUUCCUCGAAGAGUUCAUCACGCCCAUCGUCAAAGUUACCAAGAGCAAACAGGCACUGUCCUUCUACAGCAUCCCAGAGUUUGACGAGUGGAAGAAGCAAACAGAGAACUUUAAAACAUGGCACAUAAAGUACUACAAAGGUUUGGGUACCAGCACCAGUAAAGAGGCGAAGGAGUACUUUGCGGACAUGGAGAGACACCGGAUCAUGUUCCGCUACGGGGGCACAGAGGACGACGCCGCCAUCACACUGGCCUUCAGCAAGAAGAAGACGGACGACAGGAAGGAGUGGCUGACCAACUUCAUGGAGGACAGGCGGCAGAGGAGGAUGCAUGGCCUGCCCGAGCAAUAUCUUUAUGGACAACAAACCAAGUACUUGUCCUACAACGAUUUCAUCAACAAAGAGCUUAUUCUCUUCUCCAACUCGGAUAAUGAGCGAUCCAUUCCAUCCCUGGUUGAUGGGCUGAAACCGGGGCAGAGGAAAGUGCUGUUCACCUGCAUGAAGAGGAACGAUAAGAGGGAGGUCAAAGUGGCACAGCUGGCCGGGUCUGUUGCUGAAAUGUCUGCCUACCAUCACGGCGAGCAAGCGCUCAUGCAGACCAUCGUCAACUUGGCCCAGAACUUCGUCGGCAGCAACAACGUCAACAUCCUGCAGCCCCUGGGUCAGUUUGGUACCCGAAUCCAAGGGGGCAAGGAUGCUGCCAGUCCCCGUUACAUCUUCACCAUGCUCAGUCCCCUGGCGAAGCUGCUGUUCCCUUCGGUAGACGCCAGCCUGCUGAAGUUCCUCUGGGACGACAACCAGAAGGUGGAGCCCGAGUGGUACAUCCCCAUCCUCCCCAUGGUUCUGGUCAACGGAGCCGAGGGCAUCGGAACCGGCUGGGCCUGCAAGAUCCCCAACUACGACGUGCGAGAGAUCGUCAACAACAUCAACCGCAUGCUUAAACAACAGGACCCCAUGCCCAUGCUCCCCAGCUAUAAGAACUUUAAGGGGAUUAUCCAUGAGCUGGGUCAGAACCAGUUCCUGAUGAGUGGGGAGGUGUCGGUCCUGGACAAGAACACCAUCGAGAUCACAGAGCUUCCCGUCAGAACCUGGACACAGGCCUAUAAGGAAUCUGUGCUGGAGCCAAUGCUGCAGGGGACUGAGAAGACCCCGGCCCUCAUCAAUGACUAUAAGGAGUACCACACGGACGCCACCGUCAAGUUCGUGGUGCGCAUGACCGAGGAGAAGCUUGCCCAGGCAGAGGCUGCAGGACUGCACAAGGUCUUCAAGCUGCAGUCGUCACUCACCUGCAACUCUAUGGUGCUGUUUGAUCACAUGGGCUGCUUGAAGCGGUACGAGUCCGUGCAGGACAUCCUGAAGGAGUUCUUCGAGCUCCGCCUCCACUACUACAAGCUGCGAAAGGAUUGGCUGAUGGGGAGCCUGGGGGCGGACGCUGCUAAACUGUCCAAUCAGGCGCGGUUCGUCCUGGAGAAGAUCGAGGGGAAGAUUUCUAUCGAGAAUAAGGCGAAGAAGGACCUGAUCCGCAUGCUGGUCCAGAGGGGCUACGAGUCCGACCCAGUAGCUGCAUGGAACAGAGCGCAGGAGAAGGCCCUGGAGGAGGAUGACGGCAGUGACAGUGACUCCUCGGUGGAUUCUGGCUCUUCUUCUGGGCCCAACUUCAACUACAUCCUCAACAUGCCCCUGUGGUGCCUGUCCAAGGAGAAGGUGGACGACCUGCUCAAGCAGAGAGACGCCAAGAAAGUGGAGCUGGAUGAUGUGCAGCUGAAGUCCCCCGACGACCUGUGGAAGGCGGACCUGGCUGUCUUUGUGGAGGAGCUUGAUCGCAUAGAGGAGCAGGAGAGGGAGAGUGCGAUCAUGGGCAAGGCACCCAAGCUGGUGAAGGGCAAGGUGGGCAAGCCCAAGUCUCGUAAGAUGGAGCUGGAGGAGACGCUUCCCUCGCCGUUCGGACGGCGCAUAGAACCGCAGGUGUCCCAGGCCAUCAAGGCCGAGGCCGCCAAGAAGAGCAGCAAGAAGAAGAAGGGUGAUGUGACGGACGUUAAGCUGGAGUUUGACGAGGACGGUGAGGUGACGGGAGAGAACUCCCUCGUCUCUCCGUCGGCUCAAGGGUCCGCCCCCCCACCCCCCGCCGCCAACCCCAAAACCCCCCGCGUCAGGAAAGAGAAGAAGGAACCCAGCACCCCUCGCGAGAAGAAGACCCCGACUCCCAAAGGCUCCUCGGGCAAGAAGGUGAAGAAGAGGAACCCCUGGUCUGACGACGACUCCAAGUCCGACAGCGACCUGGAAGAGGCCGAACAUAUCGUCAUCCCCAGGGAAACCAAGUCCCAGAGAGCCUCAGCGGUGAAAGCCAAAUACACGUUCGACUUCUCUGAGGAAGAGGAUCGCGACGGCGGCGGCGACGACGAUGACGACCAGGAGGAAGACGGCCGCUCGUCGCCGGUGCGUUCCUUUGGCGACAGCUUCAGCACACCCCAGAGCAAAGAGCCGUAUAAUAACAACACCAACGAGGAAGAGAACGACGACGAAGAUGACAUCUUCACCCCGAAACCGUCCUCCAAAUCGUCUACUCCAGCAGCUAAGAAGAGGGAACCCGUGAAAACCAUCCCCUCCAAACCUGCCUUCUCUGACAAGAGCAGUGAUAGUGACGGUGGGAAGUCCGACAGCGGCGAGGACAACGGCCCCAUCUUCUCGUCCUACUCCAGCAGCUCAGCGUUCGAAAAACCAACCUCUGCUAAAAAAGCCAAGAAGCCGACGGAACCAUCGGCCUCCAAACCCAAGAGAGCUCCGGCCAAACCCAGACCCAAACCCCAACCCCAACCCCAACCCCAACCCAAGCCCGACACCUCGGUCUGGGACUCCGACUCAGAUACAGGGGCCAAGAAGACAACACCACCAGCACUCAAAGGUAAAGGCCGAGGCAAGAAGAGGAAGCAGCAGUCAGACUCCGAGGCUGAAGACUACAGCCCAAUGAAGAAGGCCGGGAAAACCCCAGCACCCAGGCAGAAGAAGAAGGCCCCCUCAGAGGAUGAGGACGAGCCGGAGGUGAAGUCUCUCAGUCGGUCAGAUCCGUCUCGCGACCGACCCGGACGCUCCCGGAAGGAGGUGAAGUACUUCGCGGAGUCCGAUGACGAGGAGGUGGAAGACGACAUGUUUGACUAGGCGCUAACUGCACUGGCCCCUUCACGUGCAUUCACACACACACACACACACACACACACACACACACACGCGCACA